CCGAAAAUGCUGUUCCUAGCUCACUGCUAAAACGUUCCCGUGUACCAGCAACACUGCAGAGCUGAACACAACACGCCUCUAUCGCAGGUACACAGGUUUUUCUUGCAGUUCACCCCGUUCCGUGUGCUUUGUAUCGAACUUCUUCAGUGAACCAGUGAAGAGGCAAGGCAAACAUGACAUCCGUCCAAAGCCAGGAAGAUCUUGAAGCACGCAUCGCACGCAUCAAGAAACGGAAUGAGGAAAUUGAGCAGAAGUACCGCGAGGCUGAAGAGGACCGGCUACGGGCAAUGAAGGAAAAUGCCAUGGUGGAGAUAAAGCCACCCAAGGACGACGAUUGGCCACGGGAGCAUAAGUAUGAUAAGAUAGAUUUUAACUACGAGCUUGACGAAAACACGCUCGCACAGCUGGAAGAGAGAAAGAAGGAGAAGAAUGCCUUCAUUCAAAAGAUAGCAAAAGAGUAUAAAGGAUUUGCGGAAGGUGAAGGACCACCACCGGAUCCGGCAUACAGUUUUCUAGCCGAUGUAGAGCGUGACGGUGAGAAGACGGGACAAGCGGGAGAUGGUGGUAGUCCUAACGGCAAUGCAGCCAUAAUUACACCGAAUGGCAGAAGUCCACCCGCGAAGGGUGCUGAUCACUUCGAUCGUCGCAAUCCUAACAAUCGAAGCGGACAUCGGCCAGGUGGUGUUCCGAGAGAUGCAUUAGGUUCACACUCUGGACAGAGUGGUAGAGGGAGAGGUGGUGGUAAACAGCAGCAUGGUCACCAUAGUGGCCAUCAUCAACAUCAUGGCGGUGGGACAAACGUUCAGCGUUCGUUUUCUACCAAUGAGCACGAUGGAUGGCGAUCUGCAUCGGGGGAACAACAGCGACGGAGUGCUCGUGGUACAACACACGUAACACACGAAGGUGCCGUCCAUUGGAGGCGCGGAGAACAGAACGAUGGACAGGAGAGCCGCAGCAAGGACGAUAGUGGUUUGCAUACCUCAGCCAAGUUGGAACCGAAUCUGACGGUUUCGAUAUCGCGUGAUGGCGAGUUUAAGAGUGUGAAAGUUACAUCUCCUCCAAUCAUCGGGAGUGGCCGAGUUGGGCCUCGUCAAGCUGCGAAACCCCAAUUUCAAUUUCACACCGGUCAAGGAGAUCAACACCAUUUGCCGCUUACUACCACCGCAGGCCGCAAAGAGUCCCAUCCGAUUGACCAUUUAAAUCGCAACACCGCCGGUCGUAAAUCGGAUCGUGGUGGAGAAAGUGCCAAAAAGUCCGGACAAACGAAUGGAAAAGGCAAUGGUUCACAGGCGAAGAGUAGCAGUGUGCAGGAUCGUUUAAAUCGCAACCGUACGACGGGUGUGGUUGCCGCAAGUGGUGAUAAGAAUGAAAACUUUAUUUCAACCACCAAAACAAAUCCGGCACAAGCCCCCGUGUCGGGCGCGGCUAAGGCAACGCUCAAAACCAUCUCAAAAAUCAUUGAAAAGAAUGCAGAAAUUGAUGAAAAGCUAGCGCGUGAUCUGGCACGGGAAAACGAAAAGUUAGCCACAAAGGUGAAGGAAUUACGUUUGCAGCAGGAGCAGUAAGGCAGUUUUUAGCGUUGAGGCUUGGGAUUGCUGAAAGCUGUGGAACAUAGUUUAUCGUUCCUUGGACCAGUGGUAUGGUGCCUCAACCGCACGAGGUCAAACAUGCAAUGUCAUGUCUACCUACUCCCAGGCGUUCUAAUACGAAAGCUGGCAAUAGUUUGUUUUUAAUUAUUGGGGUGGUGAUCGCACAUUAACGUUUGUUUCAAAUGCGUAAUGGAAGUAGCGCUGCAAGGAGUCUUAAAGAUUUCCGCUUCUUCAGUGUGCAUGAUCAAAAUUUUACGAUUUGUACAGUAAUGUGCUGUAUGAAAGAGAUGAAAUUUGACCUUUAUUAAUUUUCGGUUAUUCUCACACAUCUAUGAAGAUGUUUUUAGAUUUCAUAUCAACAGUCCUGAAACGAGUCUCUUAUGCUUAGAGGAAAUGCGCCACAAGUUUGACGGAAGAUUGUUAGAGCGCUUUCUUAAACUCGGAAAUGAUGCAAUAACAGGAGCUACUGAAACAGGUUGAAUCACAGCAACGUGUAUAGUUAUCAGUUUUAUACGUAAUUAGUAGACGAAAAGAAAUUUACUUUGAUUUUAUAAAUUAACACUUUUUAAUCCAAUUGCUUAUCCUAUACAGGGGGAGGUUUGUGUAAGGAUGUUCUGUCAUUUCCGUCCCAACGGAGAUUGAUAGCAAAACUGGCUGGUAGUGUCUACCCUUCCCAUUUACAUUGCAAUAUUUAAUCACGCUGGUUCGUUUGAGUGAAUUGUAAAACUACACUAUAAUGUGGGGACCUUCGCACGAAGGUAUAUUAAUUGUUUUAGCGAAAUGGAUGCAGCAAUUGAGCGGCAACCCAAUAACGCUGUACGCAUACAAUAAGCAUUUAAAUUGUAAAAUUGUUUCGCAUUGCGUUUCAAGUGUACGCAAGUUUAUUUAUUGUUAACCGUAACACCCUAUUUGGUAGCAUUUUAUUACCCAGAUGUAAUAACAUAAUUUUAAAGAACAUUCAUUUUCUGACUCCUUUUAAUCCGUAACCAACAAUCAAUUUUAUCGAAGGUAUGCUAGAAAUCUUAAUUUAUCGUGAUUGUAUAAUAAAAAAAGAAAACAGGUUGCAAAUAUAUGUGAA